AUUAAAACUUUUGUACAACUCCUGCAGGUUAAACAUGCCUAAAGAUGAAUCAGAGAUCACUAUUGAAAUUGGAAACCUUCCUGGUAUUUCAGCCAGAAGUGAUGCCUUGAAGAGUUACACUGGUGAAGAUGGUGAAGUGGCUACUCCAGUCCCUGGAGGAAAACCAUAUAGACUUGUGGCUGUGAGCUUUGGACUCCUGUGCAUCUUACAAGCUACCCUCAACAUUUCAAUGCGUCUGGCUGUCUACAAUUCUGAAGAUGAGACAUCAGAUAUCGACUUUGAGGCCAUUUUCAAAAACGUGACUGAAGAGAGAGACGAGUUGAAGAGGAAGCUGAAUAUCUUUGCCAAUUAUUCUCGCCAAGGAUGGAUGUAUUUCAACGACAGUUUCUAUUACAUUUCUUCACAACAAGAAUCCUGGAAAUACAGCAGAAAUGACUGUCUGCAGAGAGGUGCCCACCUGGUGAUUAUCAACAGCAAAGAAGAACAGCAAUUCACAAGACAGUUCCAAAAGCACGUCUGGAUUGGACUGACUGACAGAGAGACAGAGGGGGUGUGGAAAUGGGUGGAUGGGACACUGCUGACCACAAGCUACUGGGGCAUCAAUGAGCCUAACAGUCAUGAAGGCACUGAUGAAGACUGUGCAGAAAUAAAAUUCUUUGAUGAAGAAAACAGCUGGAAUGAUAAACCGUGUGAAAUUCAAAAUAUCUGGAUCUGUGAGAAGAAAGUGGUUCUGACUUAGCAACCAAACUCUCAAAACAAACGACUGAAACAUUGGUUAUGGCCAAGCUGCAGAUAAAGGGGCUCAUUAACAUGGACACAAAUAGAUAAGCCGUCACAAACACACACAUAUUCAUUUACUACGAGUUUCACUGCUUUGAAUGCUGAGAACCAUAACAAGAGUGCAAUAUCACUGCUCUGACUCAGAGCCUGCAGGUUGUCAUCAUUAGAAUGCUUGUUUUAAAUACAGUAUAUAAAUGUGUCCAUUAAUUAAUUAAUAUGUGUAACUACGUUUUUUUUACAUGAUAGGUCAAAAUUUCCGUGCCACUUGUGGAAAUAUAACCACUAAAAUACUGUUAAAAUAAUGUACAACCUUUAAAUCACAUUAAGAGUGUUGAAUUGGUGCUGUGACCUUGACCCAGAGAGCAGUUUUUGUGCUGAAGUGUCAUUGCUGGGGAAACUCCACUGAUUGUGCUGGCCUAUGUAGUUUAUACUGAUGUGCUUUUGGCAAAACAUUCUUAUUUUCUUAUUAUUAUUCUUAUUGUUUCAAGAAAAAUGGCAAAUUCAUUAUUUUAUGACAUAAAGGCUCUUGUUAUAUUAUAGCAUUUAUUAUAGGUUGCUAAUACUGUAUUAUAACAGUGCAUGCAUGUGAUUACAAUUCAAGGAGACUAUGAGUCACUGACCUGACUUACUUAAUUCUCCGACAUGUUUAUUGUAUCUGACACCAGGGCAGAUACAAUUACAGUUGCUUUCUGUUGCCUUGAAAUACACCAUGAAUUUAAAGGAUCGCGUUGGUUUUAUUUGCUGGUUCACUAGUUACUUUUGACAUUAACACGUUUGCUGGCUAAGCCGUUUAAUUAUCCACCAUUUCCUGUUAUGCUGUGAACGUAGGCUAAAGACAACUGAGA